AUGACAGCAGCUCUGGGACAUGAUGAAACAGUUCCAGAGUCAGAUGGACAUGAGUGUUUACCAGAGGAUGAGCUCACAGCUGCUGGUGUGUCCAGGGCACCAAAGGCAGGCCAGGCUGGCCACGCCUCCUCGCCGUGCGUACCGUGCUACGUCAUCACGCAGCCUGACCUCCGCUUUACACCGCUUAACACCGACAGCAACCGCAGCAAAACCUCAUCAAGCCGCUCAACUGCAGCUCCAGCUCGGACAGCGUCUGUGAGAAACGACCGAACCCGGCCUGUCUGUCCUCCCCUGGACCCCCCCGCAUCAGCACCACCCCCCCAGAAGUGGGAGAUGGAAGCGGCAUCGUCGUCCUCCGGUCACUGCGGUUACAGUUACGAAGAAUACAAGGAGACAGCUGAUUGGCUCCUGGCCCAAACGGAGCUGCGUCCUCGAGUGGCCAUCAUCUGCGGAUCAGGGCUCGGUGGUCUGGCUGACCUGCUGACCGACAAGGUGGUGUUCCCUUACAAAAGCAUCCCCCGGUUUCCUGUCAGCACCGUUCCAGGCCAUGCGGGUCAGCUGGUGUUCGGGAAACUGCAGGGCCGUGAGUGCGUCUGCAUGCAGGGGCGCUUCCAUUUCUAUGAGGGCUACAACAUACACACAGUAAGACACCAACCUGUUAUUACUGAAACUAUCGGCUUUGUUAUGGAUACAGCUGAUCUGGAAAAUAAUGCAACGUUAAUGCGGAUGAUAAGGCCCAAGAUCCUGCCAUGA